AUGUCUUCCAAAGAGGAUACCAAGAGCAAUGACACUACAUGGGCUCACGGCCUGUUCGAUUGCUGCAGCCCAGCCGGGCUUUGCUGUCUGACCUGCUUUCUUCCAUGCAUCACAUACGGAAAGGCACAGCACCGAAUGAGGCACGGCAACUUGGAAGACUACUCAUGUUGCAACGCAUCCUGUAUAGUCUACGCCCUCCUCGUCCACUGCGGCCUCGGAUGCAUUCCCACCACAAUGCAACGAGGCGAUAUCCGCGACAAGUACGGCCUCAAGGGUGGCUGCUUUGGCGACUUCUGCAAGUCCUGCUGGUGCACCUGCUGUACCCUGAUGCAGCACGAGAAGGAGUUGGAGCAGCGUCAGGCUCUGCUCAAGGGCUCAGCAGAGCCGUACCAGCCCAAUGGCGGGAUGGUGUACUCGGACCAAACGCAGCAGAAUGACAACCCGGGUUAUGCAUGA